CAAGCGGAGUCGCGCGCCGGGAGCUACGUAGGACAGAGAAGUCAUGGCUUCUCCGUCCAAAGGCAAUGACUUGUUUUCAUCCGAUGAGGAGGGCCCAGCGAUGGUGGCCGGGCCCGGCCCAGGGCCUGGGAGUGCCGAUGGGGGUGCCGAGGAGCGCCGCAUCAAGGUCUCCAGCCUGCCCUUCAGCGUGGAAGCGCUCAUGUCGGACAAGAAGCCGCCCAAGGAGGCGUCCCCAUUGCCGGCCGAAAGCGCCUCGGCAGGGGCCACCCUGCGGCCACUGCUGCUGCCUGGACACGGCGCCCGGGAAGCGCACAGUCCUGGGCCUCUGGUCAAGCCUUUUGAGACCGCCUCGGUCAAGUCGGAAAAUUCAGAAGACGGAGCAGCAUGGAUGCAGGAGCCCGGCAGAUACUCGCCGCCGCCAAGGCACAUGAGCCCCACCACCUGCACCCUAAGGAAACACAAGACCAAUCGGAAGCCCCGCACCCCCUUCACCACGUCCCAGCUCCUGGCGCUGGAGCGCAAGUUCCGCCAGAAACAGUACCUCUCCAUCGCAGAGCGCGCCGAGUUCUCCAGCUCUCUGAACCUCACAGAGACCCAGGUCAAAAUCUGGUUCCAGAACCGAAGGGCCAAGGCCAAAAGACUACAGGAGGCAGAACUGGAAAAGCUGAAAAUGGCUGCGAAACCUAUGCUGCCGUCCGGCUUCAGCCUUCCCUUCCCCAUGAACUCACCCCUGCAAGCAGCCUCCCUUUACGGAGCCUCCUACCCUUUCCAUAGGCCUGUACUUCCCAUCCCGCCCGUCGGACUCUAUGCCACGCCUGUCGGAUACGGCAUGUACCAUCUGUCCUAAGGAAAGCCAGACCCACAGACUCCACGAAGGCUGU